UUGCUCUCCUUCUUCUCUCUCUCUCUCUCUCUCUCUCUCUCUCCCCUACACCUUCACAAUGAGUAGCACCACUCCAUGGUGUACUACUACUACCACUACUACUACUAGUACUAUUUCACCCUCCUCCUCUUCCUCUUCCUCCUCCUCUCUGUUACAUCCAUUUCCACACAAUUCUCGCGCCGCUUCUCACCGGAGAAGAAGAAGAAGAUUCCCCCUCCUCCGCUGCUGCGCCCUCCGCCGCGACGACGGAGGCGAAGUGCGGGAUCGCCUCCUCCCCCGCCUCCUCCUCCACGACUCCCUCGACGCCGCCGGCGUCGACACGCGCCAUGCAAGGGCGGCGUGUGAGGGAUUCCAGCGGCAGAUUGGACGGCUGACGGCGAUCGACAGCACGAUGAUCAUCGCGGUGAGCAAGGGCGCAGACCUGGGGCGCGCAACGCUCCACGUGGUGGAGGAGGACGACUCGCUCGUCUCGCACUCGUCAGUGCCGCUCCCGGUCGACGCAUUCGUCGACCGCCUCGACGAUCUCUCCAUGGGGUUCUGCUCCUCGGCCUACAUGCCGCCCUCGGGCGUGGCCCCCGCGGUCUUCCUCGGAAACCUGGAGAGAUACUUGUAUGUUCACAAGGGAUUUCGCAGAAUAAAUGUUAUGUCAGAUGCUCGAGCUUUGUAUCUUCACUCGGUUUUAACAUGUCGAUCGGGAUCAGUUGUCAUGCUGUCGUUAAUAUACUCAGAAAUGCUCAAGAUGCUAAGAAUCUAUGGCUUUCUCGACUUUGAUGCAGAGAUUUACUUUCCUUUUGAUCUCAACAGUCUUCCUAGAGGGUAUGAGAAACAAAAGAGCAAAAUAUCAGAUGAGCCUCAUAUUAUGACAUCCAAGUUACUUUUGGUGAAGAUCCUAAAAGAUCUCAAAUAUGCUUUCUGGCCAUUCCAGUACGAUAAGUCAAGCAGUUUAUUUCUAAGGGCUGUGCGCACUUUAAACCAAACCGUAGGUAAAAGUUAUUCAUCAUCAGAUAACAGUGUGAGUUCUUUAGAGAUAGCUUCUGCUAAAGCUGCUCAGCAUAGGCUAGAGCGCGGAGUUUGGACUAAUGUCCGUUUCGGAGAUAUGCGGCGUGCAUUAGCAGCAUGCGAGCGGCUUAUACUACUCCACGAUGAUUAUCGCGAACUAAGAGAUUAUGCUGUUCUUCUAUACCACUGCGGAUACUACGAAGAUUGUUUGCAGUGCUUGACAUUAUACCAUGCUUCAAUGGAAAAGGAAUCUCAAUCUGACCCAGAAGAUGUUGAGGGCGAGGCAGUGAAGAAUCUCGUGGCACGACUCAACCUGAUUUUAGCAGAUGAAGGUUGGAGCAAGCAAAGAACAAGCACGAGUUAUUGGAAUAAGAUCUACGAGCCGUGGUAGCUCUAGUAAUCUCGUUUUCUGCAAGUCAAGGGAGUUUAUCCGGACCAAGUCGUGGAUGAUUAUGACCAAAUUGUUCUUGGAGCAGCGGUUGAGAACAAUGAAGAUUAAUCAAAUUGAGCAGUCGAAGACCCGAAAGGAAAACAGUAGUUAGAAAUAUAGCUAUUUGUGUACGUUAUUAAUGUAUAGCAAAUUCAAUUAUUCGAAAUUACAAUAAUUAUGGCUUGUAUAUGUGAUUUAGCAAUUCUUGUACUGUUCAAAGUUAAUUCUUUGUUAUAUACUUGCAUUAGAGUCCA